UGGUUCCCUGCCCUCGGGAUUGCGGGAGCCACCCGAGCCCUUGGUGACAGGGCCUUCUCCGUCCUCUCCCUUGUCCUCGACCGACCCUAGCGACGGACAAGAGCGGGUCGAGCAUGGCGCAGGCGGCCAUCUCUGAGGUAUCCGAGUACUUGAGCCAGAAUCCGCGGGUGGCCGCCUGGGUGGAGACUCUGCGCAGCGACGGGGAGACGGACAAGCACUGGCGCCACCGACGCGAGUUUCUGCUUCGCAAUGCCGGAGAUCUGGCCCCCACCGCCACCACCGAAGCCGCCUCGGUGGAGUGCGGGGAUCGCCGGCGCCAGCUGCAGCAGCUCGUCUCAUCCUCCAUGGCCUGGGCCAACCAUAUUUUCUUGGGGUGCCGGUACCCACCAAAAGUUAUGGAUAAAAUACUUAGUAUGGCUGAAGGCAUCAAAGUGACAGAUGCUCCAAUCCAUACAACAAGAGAUGAACUGGUUGCCAAGGUGAAGAAAAGAGGGAUAUCGAGUAGCAAUGAUGGGGUAGAAGAGCCAUGCAAAAAGCGGGCAGUUGAAGGAAAGAACAGUUCUUCUGGUGGUCAGGAUGCUUCAAAGACUUCUGGCAGAACAGAGCAGCCAUCACCAAAGCAGGAAGUCAAGGUGGGGCCAGUGCUGUCCACUAGAUCUGUGGGAAGUGGAGAGAACCUGUGUCGGAGCUCUAGCAGCACUUUAGAAAGGGGGAGUGCUCUUUCACAAGAGGUGGCAGGAGUGAAGAGUCAGAAUAAAUCCACCAUUGAGCUGACAGCUGAGAACUUGGGAUCGAAGCAAAGCACCAGCACUUCUCAAGCUGUAGCAGCUGGUCCUGAAAAAGUUUCAGAUGUAGAAACUUCAGACAAACAUGGUACAACACUAAUUUCAUCUGUGACAAAAUCCAAUAGUCUUGGGACCCAGCUAACUGAUUCCAAACAACAAAAUGCAUCACCUAAAAAGGGUGUUUUGGAGAGCACUUCGUCUUUGACUUCGUCUUUGACUUCUCAGAACAAUUCAGAGACAGAAGUGCCCCUCUUGACUUCUCAAAGCAGGUCAGAGACAAGUGUCCCAUUGUUAGGUUCCCCAAGCAGCUCAGAAGUAGAGUUGCCUCUGUUAUCUUCCAAACCUGGUUCGGAAUUACUGCCCUUGUUAGGUUCCAAAACCACUUCAGAUGCAAGCACAUUACAAUCAACUUCCAAAACUAACUUGGAGUCAAACAUUUCAUCAUCUGUUUCUAAGAACAGUUCCUCACCAAGUGUGCAAAUGUUAACUCCUAAAAACACCUCCUCUUCAAGCACCUCCUCUUCAAGCACAUUACUGCUGACUUCUAAGAGCAGCUCCCAGGUAGCUGCUACACUGUUGGCUUCUAAAAGCAGUUCCCAGGCAGCUGCAUCAAUUCUGGCUUCCAAAAGCAGCUCCCAGACAAGUGGAUCACUGUUGGCUCCCAAAAGCAGCUCCUUGACAAGUGUAUCCCAGCUGGCUUCUAAGAGUAGCUCUCAGACUAGCACAUCACAGUUACCUUCUAAAAGCACUUCACAGACAAGUGAAAGUUCUGUUAGGUUUUCUUGCAAAUUAACCACUGAAGACGUAAAACAGAAGCAACCUUUUUUCAAUAGAUUGUAUAAAACUGUAGCAUGGAAGUUAGUAGCUGUUGGUGGCUUUAGUCCCAAUGUAAAUCAUGGGGAACUCUUAAAUGCGUCUGUGGAGGCUCUAAAAGCAACAUUGGAUGUUUCUUUUGUUCCACUAAAAGAACUGGCAGAUCUUCCUCAAAGUAAGAGUUCUCAAGAAAGUAUAGUUUGUGAAUUGAGGUGCAAGUCUGUUUAUUUGGGUACUGGCUGUGGAAAGAGUAAGGAGAAUGCCAAAGCAGUAGCAUCAAGAGAAGCUCUGAAGUUAUUUCUCAAGAAAAAAGUGGUGGUAAAGAUAUGCAAAAGGAAAUACAGAGGAACUGAAAUAGAAGAUUUGGUGCUUCUUGAUGAAGAAUCAAGACCUACAAACUUACCUCCAGCUUUAAAACAUCCUCAGGAGCUACCAUAGCAUGUUUAAAAAGUCACUUGCAUAAAGCAUAUAUAGUGUUUUAAAACAUGAACUGAAGUUUACUUUUGUACACUAAACUUUCAGACAUUUUGUAUUGCUUUCCCCCCCAGUUUUGCAGAAAACUUAUGUUCUAGUUGUCUUCACAUAGUAGCAGCAGUUGUAAAAUGAUUUAUGAAUGAAUGACAAUGUGCAUUUAAAGGUAUGCCUUAACAUCAUAGCACACCAGAAUGCUGUUUUAUUUGCUAAAGAGUAUACCCAUGUCUCCUCUUUUUAAUGGUACGUUAGGUACGGUAUGCAGUUCAGUAUAGUCUUAAUACUUUUUGUACUGCUAAAAAUGUGGUGAAAAUGUAUUGAGUGUUAGCUUGCCUUUUUUUUAGCAGAAAAAACAAAGCCCCCCCCCAAGAUGAAAGUGAUAGGGACUACAGUAUUAUAUGGAUGUCUGAAAAUCCAAGAUAAGUGAGAUUUUUAAGAGUUUAUAUAGAGAGAACUCAUAAUGUUAAACAUGCCUGUAAAAGAAUGAGGGAAAAAUAGUUUCAGAAAAUUUCUAUGAAGAACUGUAAACAUUUUAAAAUAUGAAGCUGUAUGAAGUACUUAAUAUAAUUUUACACUAAAAUUGUUGACUAAUUCAGCAUAAGUUUCAACUACUCAAAUCCACUAGGAAUUAAUUUAUGUUCAAGGUAAAAUACAAUUUACAUUUUUUUUGCAGAAUGGAAAAAGGGGGUUUGUAUAUUUAGCAUAUUGUGACUGCUACUCUAAAAACACUUUGAUUUGUUAGAUAUUAAAUGCUUUAAGCUAUUUUACCUUUUAAA